AUGGCCAUCCAUAUUCUGAUGCAUAGUGAAAUUCCAAAAAUAAAGAUCAUCAAGGGUAAGGCCUACGAGUCUUUGAUGAACUUUCUGGCAGUCCUAGUGCAUUUGAGUCCCAUGAAAUUGGAGAGAAUGCAUUGGUUUGACAAGUUAAAGGACAUCCUGACUAACUCCAAAGGCGUCAUGUUCGGCAUCGAGUUCCAGGACCUGGUCUACGCCCACGAACUGGCGGUUGGGAAACUAAUAGGCGCCGUGGACUUUGUGGGAUGCCGCAGAUCGGCAGCCUAUCCCCGUGGCUUUAGCUGUGCCCUUUGGCAUUUGUUCCAUUACCUGACCGUGCAGGCCAGUUUGGUGAAGCCGCAGACAUACAAGCCCGGCUACGUGCUGAACAUUAUUGCCUCCUUUAUCAGAUACUUCUUUCCCAGCUGCCCCGAGUGUUCCAGGACUUUCCAGGAAAUAGCCGAGGCCCGGAAAGUCCACGAGGUGCGGGACUACGACGAGGAGAUCCUGUGGAUGUGGGAAGCCCACAAUGAGAUUAACAGGCACCUGGCGGGCGGCUCGUUGGAGGAUCCGCUUUUCCCAAAAAAGCAAUUUCCCACCGCGAAGAGCUGUCCAGACUGUAAGACCAAUCAUGUUUGGGACCGGAAAAAAGUGCUGAACCAUCUGAAAGAUAUCUACGCGAUGGAAAAACUAAGCAAACUUAAUUUGAUCCAUAGACCUCCAGUGCCUCCACAAAAAGAAGGUCGCAAGAAUCCCCCGAAGGGAGACAAAGACCACGAAGAAGAUCACAAGGAGCCCAAGGAGGGUCACAAUGAGCAUGAAGAUGGUAACAAGAAGCAUGAAGGGAGUCAUAAAAAUUCCGAAAGUGGAGAGAGGGACGGUUACACACCUCUGCCCACUCCACCCACCACGGUGGCUCCUGUUGAGAAUGAAGAUUAUGUGAAUAAGGCCAUUUCGGAACGCCUAAUUUCGGGUCCCCUGAAGAUCUAUAGAGCCGACAUGGAACAGGCCAUCGACAAGCUCCUGCAUAUCGAACUACCAAAGGUCCAGAGGCCAACGAGUUUUGGAAACUAG